AUGUCGACCCCCAACCCCUCCACAGCGCCUACGAACGGCCGGCCGGCCACUGAGUCUGUCCCGCCGAACGGACAAUCCGGUGCUGCCCAGGCUGUGCCUGCUGCUGCUGCCCCCUCGGGAAAGAAGGGAAAGGCGAAGAAGAUGCCGGAACCGAGCGAGGCAUCUAAGCUGAUUGCGCAGCGAAUCAGCCAGCUGGAGAUGGAUGCGGCCCUAGACAAGGAUCAAGAGGCUGAACUUGAGCGCGAGGUUCGAAAGGCAAACAGGGAGCUCCAAAACCAGACUGCCAAGAUGAUGGACAUGCAAAAGAUUGAAUUUUUGACGAAGCGCUGCUCAGAUCUCUUCAUGGAGAUGAAGCGCCAUGAGCGUGAGAGCAUCAAGAACAAAAAGCGCACUGACCAGCUUCAGAAGGACAAGGACAACAGCAGACAGGAGCUUAAUAAGACGGUCUCGCUGAAGGAAAAGCUGGAGAAGUUAUGCCGGGAGCUUCAGAAGGAAAACAACAAGUUGAAGGUCCUAUCCCAUGAUUCUACUGACGGCAUGGGGAAGAAGCAGGAUGCUGACGAGUUUUAUGUGGGCAGAACGAGAACAAAGCUCUUGCAGAUGCGCAAAUUCGGAGCCAGGCUACGUGGGACGAGCGGUAUUCAGGCCUUCUGCGUCGAAUGGAUGAAUAUCAAGAAGACAAAGAUAACCCACCGCUUCAAAUCACUUAUCGACCAAUAUGAGCUGCGCGAGUUACAUUUCCAUUCGCAAAUGCGCACCAAAGAGCUCGAGGUCCAGUAUAAUUUGGCUCGGUAUGAACAACAGAAGAAGAACUACGAGGCAGAGUAUGCACGGUCGAGGCAGUUGAAUGCGCAAGUGCAAGCGUUUACUCAGACUGAAGCCGAUUUGCGGCACCAGCUCAGUGUUUACGUCGAGAAGUUCAAACAGGUUGAGGAUACCCUUAACAAUAGCAACGAUCUGUUUACGACGUUCCGCAAGGAGAUGGAGGACAUGACCAAGAAGACCAAGCGGCUUGAGAAGGAGAAUGAGCAGCUCAAGCGGAAACACGAGCAGGUCAAUGGAAACAUCCUUAAAAUGGCUGAGGAGCGCAAUAGGAACUUGUCCGAGAUCGAGGAGUUGCGCAAGAAGCUAGAUAAGCUUAACGGCAUCAUCAAACAGAUGCAGCAGCAAGGACGUGGGAUUCCGCAGGGGAUGGCGUCUGGUACGAAUGCGGGGACAAAUGCCAGCAACGGCACGAGCUCGAACUCGAACGCUGCUGCUACUCAGAACGGGCACCACGGGGGCCACAGCCAUGGCAGCAGUCACGGCAGUCAUGCCGAGAAUGGCCAUGGUGAGGAGGAGGGGGAUGGGAGUGAGUAUGAUGAGGAUGAGUAUGACGAAGGCGAAGAGGAGGGCAGCGAAGAGGGCGAAUUUGACGACGAAACAGAGGACGAGCUGCACCAGCAGGGUCCGCAGCAACCUCAGCCCUACGGCCCUGAGCGCCCUCUGCGGGCUGCCCCAGCUGCGGCGGCGACGACCAACGGCCACCGCUAG